AAACCCACCUUGGAGCAACAUCUAGCAAAACACAGUGGCGAGAAACCCUACAUGUGUGGAGAGUGCGGGUACAGGACGGCUGACAGGUCUACGUUAUCCCGACACAUGAGAACCCACACAGGGGAAAAACCAUAUACGUGUGACCAGUGUGACUAUUCUGCGGCAUGGAGAGGCAAUUUGGCCGCGCAUUUAGCUGCAAAACACACCGGUGAGAAACCCUACAUGUGUGGGGAGUGUGGGCACAGAACAACAACAAAGUCUGACUUAUCCCGCCACCUGAGAACCCACACAGGAGAAAAACCGUACAGAUGCGAUCAGUGUGACUUUGCUGCAGCACUGAAAGUCAACAUGGACAGACAUUUAGCAGCAAAACACAGUGGUGAGAAACCCUACAUGUGUGUGGAAUGCGGGUACAGGGCAACUCAAAAGGCUCACUUAUCCCGACAUAUGAGAACCCACACAGGUGAAAAACCCUACAAGUGUGACCAGUGUGACUAUUCUGCAACACAGAAAUCCACUUUGGACCGACAUCAAAGAAAACACACAGGUGAGAAACCCUAAUGUGUGGGGAGUGUGAGUAAAGGACAACAGGAAGGUCAAACAUAUCUAGACAUAUGAGAAUCCACACAGGCAAAAAAAGCUACAAGCGUGGCCAGGGUGACGAAUUCUGCCCCCUCACAAAUGCGGCCAAAACGACACUUCCUGUACAUGUGGUACAGUAAAAAGGUGCUGUGUAUGUUGGAGAUGGCUACAGUCAGAGCAAGUGUUGUGUUUGAGGGAUCUUACAAUGUUGUAAAGAAAGACACGUUGAUGAGAAAUGAGCUGAAAUCUGUAAUUUUCUGAAGCUUUGGUGACGAUUGUUUUCUUAGUCUUAAGGAACAUGAACAUUUUGUAAAGAACACCGCACAACACGUGUAGUAGUCGCCAAAUCUUAGAAGUUAUAGCGAUAGGAAAAGUGUGAUAGUUGAUAGAAAAUGUUCUGUAUAUAAAAUCAUUAUAGUUGUUUCGUACAA